AUGAUACAUAAUGACAAUAUUAUUCAGACACUAUUGAAUGAAACUACCAGUUCCCAAGACGACUCAUCUUCUAUUACGAAUAACAACCACCACCACGAUCACAAUCACAACCAAAGCUCAUCAUUACGCGUUAAGCGAGAUAGACCAAGUAGUCCAUUUAUUGAUGGGAUGAGUUCCGAAAUAACAUCCUAUUCUUCAAAUCAACAAUCAGUUCCAGAUUCAUCUCCUAUUCAUUCAUCAUUAUCAUUAUCAUCAUCAACAUCAACGUCUACAUCGAUGGAAAAUGAGUUUCCAAGAUUAACUUCAAAAUCACAAUCAAUGAAUUUUCCACGUAGUCCAUUGAAAAAUUUAUCAAAUUUAGUUAUUCCAUCAUCGGUAAAAUCAAAAACUAAACAAUUAACAAAUAGUUUUAGCAGAUCCAUGUCUGAAGUUGUUUCAAAAUCUUCUCAUAGUUUUUUCAAUACUCCAAAGAUUGAAUUUAAUUCUAUUGAUGAAAAUGAUGACAUACCCACCAAUUACGACUCAGAAGAAGACGACGACGACGAUGAUGUUGUUGGUGUUGGUGUGGCUACAAAUAACAAUAAUAACAACGAUGAUGAUGAUGAGGAAGAAGAAGAUGAUGAUGAAGACGGUGAAGAUACAUUUGAUACUAUUAAUAUUGGAUCUCCAAUCCGUCGAAACAACAGUAAUAGUACUCAAAAUAGCAUACAAACAAAUAAUCAACCAUCAAAAAUUAGAAGAUUUCAUUCAAUGUAUCAAACUAAUAAAGAAAUUUCAUCCUACCAGAUUCAUGAAGAUAAUUCAAUUUUAAAAUUUACAAAUAUUGAAUAUUCACAUCUGGAUAGUGAUUUAUUACCAAGAAUAACUGUUGAUCAAUUAUUUAAAAUUCUUUGUGGUGAACAUAAUCAUGAAUUUGAUGAGUUUAUUAUCAUUGAUUGUCGUUUUGAUUAUGAAUAUGAAGGAGGUCAUAUAAUUAAUGCAAUUAAUAUAUCUUCAAAAGAGGAACUUGAAUCUAAUUUUAUUAACAAUCAACAACCACAACAAUCCCAAGAUGAAGAGAAUAAAUCUAAAAAAUUGAUUAUUUUCCAUUGUGAAUUUAGUGUAUUUAGAGGACCAAUGAUGGCUAAACAUUUACGAAGAUGUGAUCGUAUGUUGAAUUAUGAUAAUUAUCCAAAAUUGACAUAUCCAGAUGUGGUUAUUUUAGAAGGAGGAUAUAAACGAUUCUAUGAAAAUUAUUCUCAAUGGUGUAAUCCUCAAGGUUAUAUUGAAAUGAAACAACAUGAAAAGUUAUGUGAAUCCAAUCUAGAUAAAAUAAGAAGGGAGAAUAAAUUGACUAGACAUAAAUCUUAUCAAUUUGGUAGUAAUAAUCUUUAUACUAAUCGUAAUAACUCGUCAAAGGAUCAAUUAUUUUGGGGACUGAGUACAUUACAUUGUCGAUCUCAAUCUUAUACUACCAUCACCAAUGAAAAGAUUAUUAAACGUCAAAGAUCAAUUCCAAAAGUUAAAGAAUCAUCAUCACCAACUCCUCCUUCAUCAUCAACAUCAACAACAACAACACAUUCAAUUCAUAGACUUACUAGAGCCAAUACAAUUUCAUUAGAUCAACCAAUGUUUACCAAUAAAUUAAUUUCAUCACCAGUAACAUCACCAACUACAAGUACAUUUGAAUUGAAUAAUAAUUUUUCAAAUUCUUCACUUUUCACAACCCAAGAUUUUCAACCACCAAGUGCAUCAUUUAGAAAUUCAUCAUAUCGUAAUCAUCGUAGAUCAAUAUCAUCAAAUUUUUCAUCAACUUCAAUUAAUUCAAUUAAUUCAACAACUUCAUCAAAUGGUUGUUCUGAUUCAGGUUCAAUUGAAUCAACUUUAACCGAUCCUUAUAUUUCAUCUUCAUCUUCUCCAGUUUUAGAAUCUUCAGAUUAUUUUGAUACAAGAAAACCAACUCGUCCUCAAUUUAAUAGAAAACAAGGAUCAAGAAAUAUUCAACAAUCUCAAUCUCAAGGUCAAUCUCAACAACAAUUACAAUUUCAAUUUCCUAAAUCUCGUUCAUCAAAUAAAUUAUUUUCAACUCCAUCUAACUUUUUCACAUCUCCAAUUACAAAUCAUUCCUUUAAUAAUAGCACUACUACUACUACUACUACUACUACUAAUACUAAUACUAAUAAUAAUACGACUAUAAGUAGUAAUAAUAGUGGUCCAAUUCAUUCUCCAUUUUUAACUCCUGCAACAACAUCUUGUGAUGAUAAUACAAAUAGUUCAAUUAUUGAUCCUAUAAAUGAUACCCCAGUUGAUUUUCUGGUUCCUAUUUCAACUCAUAAGUAUUCAAAGAUAAAACUUCAUAAACGUUCAGGAUCUUUACUUUCUUCAACUAUAUCUGAAAAUAAAGAAUUGUAUAGUUUUGCAGUUGAUGAAGAUGAAGAAGAAUAA